AUGCAAUCCAAGGGAAGUGGGAAUGAAGUGGAAGUCAAUCACCAUUCUGGUGAGCAGCCAAUGAUGUAUGCAGAGGAGCCAUGGUGGAAAAAAAAUAACUCUUUUGGUGUCGUUCCUCAAGAGAUACCUUCUGUGGUUCUUUCAAAGUCCUCCUCUUUAGAAUCAAACGAUGUUGGCCAUGUUCGUUUGGAGGUCGCUAGCGUCAGCGACCAACCUGAGCACGAUGGCGCUUGGAAGGAUACACAAGCUGCUACUUCGUCCCCUUCAGUAGAUAACCAUGGAGUGGAAGGGAAUGAUCCUGCUGCUUCUGUGGGUAACGUGCAUGAUCAGCAGCAACUUGUACAACCACCAGAGCUUGUUGGACACUACAUUGCUUGUGUCCCAAAUCCAUAUCAGGAUCCAUAUUAUGGGGGAAUGGUGGGAGCAUAUGGACAUCAGCAAUUGCAAGGGUUUCGUCCAUAUCCUGGAAUGCCUGGUGAAAGAACAGCACUACCGCUUGACAUGACACAAGAGCCUGUUUAUGUGAAUGCGAAACAGUACCACGGAAUUCUAAGGCGGAGAAAAGCACGCGCCAAGGCCGAGCUAGAAAGAAAACUUAUCAACAGAAAGCCAUAUCUUCAUGAGUCAAGACACAAGCAUGCAAUGAAAAGGGCAAGGGCUAGUGGAGGCCGGUUUGCCAAGAAAACUGAGGCUGAAGCAGCAGCUGAGAGAGAAAGAGAAAAGGGUUCGGCAACCAACUCACCAGGCUCUGAACCAGUUGAAACAGACUCUAAUGAUAGUCUGCCAAAUCUAUGAGAAAGAGAGACAAGCUGGCAAAUCAUUCUUGGCUUUUAGAUGUUGUGUGUUUGCUUGGUUGUUCUUGUCAGAGUCUCAUAUUACAAUGUACAAAGAGAGACGAGUUAUGUUAGUUAUUAGAGAUUCGGAGACGAGAGACAGGGGAAUAGUCACUAGGUCUUUGUUUAUAUUCUUUUUUUUUCAUAAAAUACGUUUGUUGAAUCGUUGAGCCGACACUGUUAUUACAGAACUGAAGUUUCUUGUCUU